AUGGACGCAUAUACUCUACCGUGUGAGAGUUAUAUUUACGUUGAAAAAAAAGUAAGUAAACCAAAAGACGUGGGUCAAGGUAUCGGUGACAUUAAAUUUACUAACAACGGAUUAGCGUUUCUAUUUUCCGAAUUACGAUAUGAAUUGAAUGGUGUGGAAAUACAAAAAUUAAAAUACCUUGGAAUAUCUUCGUGUUUGAAGGGGUACUGUUCAUAUACACCUAACGAUUUGAAUGAACUUCAGAACGGCGCUUGGGAUAUAAAUAUGACCGAGGAAGACAAUAAGGAUUUCAUGACGGAAAAUAAAUUUUCUGGGUGUAUCCCACUGAAACAUUUAUUCGGUUUUUGUGAAGACUAUAAAAAAAUAUUACUCAAUUGCAAUCAACAACUUAUUUUAAACCGAGCGUCAAAAGAUUUCGACGCGUUGUACGUUACAGGCGUUGGGGCAAAAGAAAAUAUUGAAAAAAAUAAGAAAGUAACGCUUGAUCUUCAAAAAAUUAUCUGGAAAAUGCCCAUCGUCCGAGUGAGUGAUAUAGAAAAACUAAAAUUAUUAAAAGUACUGGACUCUCGGAAGACGCUGUCGUGCGCAUUCAGAAGUUGGGAUUUACGCGAGUAUCCAGUUCUUCCGCAGAAUACAUCUCAUUCGUGGACUGUCAAAUCUAGUAACUUACUUGAAAAACCUAGGUUUGCAAUCAUAGGAUUUCAAACAGAUCAAAAAAAAAAACAACUUGAAUAA